CGAUAAGUAAGGAUGCUUGUCAUACUUACUGCAUGUGCCCAUCGGGCUGAUGAGAAGCGUCACGUCGGAGCCUCCUCGCAAGUAUAAAUGACAGUUGAAGGAAGGAAAUUGCACAACACGAAGGGCGCUCACCACCAUGUCAAAGACAGUCCACGACGUCCAUGCGAAACGCAUCAUCUUCGACAGCUCGCUGUUGUUCGACGAGGUGACGGCGCGGCUCGACAGGGAGCUGAGCAGAGAAAAGGCGGGGCCGAAGGUGUUCGAGCUCCUCGGAACGGUGAAGAGCAAAGAAGACCUUGAGCGAGGGAUGCAAGCCAUCAUUGGCGAGAAUGACUUUAUGUUCUUCGCAGCGUCGUCCUUCCAUAGGUGGCGCAGUGCAUACUAUGAUCAGACGGUCCAAAUACCGAAAGCGACCCAGUACAUACUGGGGAACCCACUCAUCGCCGAGACGAUGAUCGCGCAUGACCCAUACGUCCCUCUGAACGUCCCGCUACGAGUCCUCGUGGUGGAGAAAGCGGACAAGAGCGGUACGCAGGUGGUCUAUUACCAGCCAUCGUCGAUAAUGCAGUGUCUGCCGAUGGGAAUAUGAAGCCGGAGUUGAAGGCCGCUGCUGAUGCACUAGAUGAGAAGCUAGAGGCGUUGGUGAGGAAGAUCACA